AGGGAGAAAACCCGGCGCGGCCGCAGCUCAGGAGGCUCCAUCCCCGGGACACCCGGUGCAGUCCCCGGCGCGAACAGCGCACCGUACACACCGCACCGCACGGCACACCCGCAGUACCGCAUCCGCAGCGGCGACACCUCCCCGCGAACCACCGCAGCCAGGCCCCGGAAUCCAGCGCGGGUUUCUGCGCCAUCCACAGCCGAGCUGGAAGAGAGAGGAGGAGGGAGAGCGGCGGCGGCAAGAGGCGCACAGGGGACACCGCGCAGGACAACCGAGCAACCGGGAGCGUGCACAGCCAGCGGAGGAGCUGACAUGGCGAGUAUACUGUCCAAACGUCUGGGCAAGCGGUCCCUCCUGGGGGCCAGGGUCUGCACCCCAAGUUUAUCUGCAGAUGGCAUGUCCAUGGAAGGGCCCGGAGACCCUAGCGGAGGGGGCCAUCUUGGAGCGUACGAUGGCGGGUGCCUGAAGGAGUGUCUUGAGGAAGGUGCUUAUGCUUCUGGAAGUCGCUUCAAACUCUAUCCAGGCCAGAAGCCCCACAAGUUACCUGUGACUUAUGGAAGGAAAGCGGCGACGUGUCUGACAGCGGCAGCAGCACCACCAGCGGACACUGGAGCGCAGAGGGCGCUGCCUCCACCCCCUCCCCUCCUCACACCGAAGCCAGCCCCAAGUACACAAGUGAGGGGUUCAGCGCUUCACACGUGGAUGAAGGAUUCGAAACGGACCCCGACCCCUUCAUCCUAGACGAACCAGCCCCUCGGAAGAGGAAGAACUCUGUGAAGGUGAUGUACAAGUGUCUGUGGCCAAACUGCGGGAAACUGCUGCGCUCCAUUGUGGGCAUCAAACGCCAUGUAAAGACCCAGCACCUGGGGGAUGGGAUGGAUACUGAUCAGCGUAAGAGAGAAGAGGAUUUCUACUACACCGAAAUCCAAAUGAAGGAGGAAUCCGAGGUGGAGAGCACCCCAAGGAGCCCCAGCACCGCUACCGCCCCCCUCCUCAUUCAGCCUGUGACACCCCGGCCGGAGACGCUGGCAUUAGAGGUGCCCUCUCUGGAGUCUCCAGUGCCCAGCGCUCUCAGUCAGUCCGCCCCGGGCUCCUUCUGGCAUAUCCAGGCUGACCAUGCCUACCAGGCGCUGCCUUCCAUCCAGAUCCCAGUGUCCCCCCACAUCUUCACCAGUAUAAGCUGGGCCGCUGCUCCCACUACGCUUCCUGCCCUCUCUCCAAUCAGAAGCCGGUCGCUCAGUUUCAGCGAACAGCAACAACAGACUCCAUCCAUAAAGUCCCAGCUGAUCGUGGCCUCACCACCCCGGGCGUCUAAUGGGAACAGGAAAGUUCGUGGUGAAGCCAAGAAAUGCCGUAAGGUCUAUGGCAUCGAACACCGGGACCAGUGGUGCACCGCAUGUAGGUGGAAAAAGGCGUGUCAGAGGUUCCUAGACUGAACCCUCUUCCCACCCGCAGAACCUGCUCGUCUCCCAAGAUGGCGGACGUGUUUGGCUUCAAUGCUUCGAGGCUACCAGAGUCCAAACAUCUCUGAGCGAGUGGUGAUGACUAAAGACUGUAUAAAUUGUAAAUGGCAAAACCCUUGUACAUCAAUGUUGGACAGAUUUAAAUUUUUUUUUUUUUUUUAAAGACUGUAGGGAUUUUUAUUUUUUUUUAACUUUGCUAAAUGGACGUGUAGGGACCAAAGUGUUCAAAAAAAAAUCCCUCGUCUCAACAAGUUUCCAAAAGUUUUCCGACAGUAUCGAGAUACCCGUCCGUGUUGUACAUAGCGUCCGUUUCACCGCCAUUGACCUGUAAAUGUCCUACACCGCGACAAUACACUUGUUCUUAUAUUUUGUUACAUGAUUUUUAAUGCAAAAAAAGUUUUAUGUACAGUAAAGAUGCAUUUUGACUCCUACAGGGUCCAUCAAAGAAAAAAUUCCAGUUCCCAUGUGUGUGCCUCUUAGUGUCCGGGGUGGGGGGAGUCUAUGAAGCCAUUUUGUACAUCUGUUUAGAAGUUUGGGUGUUUUCUUAGGGCCCAUUGGUUUGCUUGAGUGGCAACAAAAAGUUCACGAGGAGACGACUAUCUCAUGAUGUGGUGCUCUUAAUCAGUCCAACUGGUUACAUCAAUGUGUACAAUGAGCAGCUAUCCUUCCUUCAUUGGUACCUCCUUGCUUGCGCGCACAAACAUUCUUUUAUUUUGUUGGUUCUAUCCAUUGUUUUUCAAAAACAGCUCAAGUAUUUGGUCCAAAGAACCUUGACAAAUGCACCCAAAGUCCAGGAUCCUUGCCACAGGUAGAUACCUGCAUGGUGAGCACGGUGGCUCCUCUCUCUCUGGUAGUGGGGGUAGAAGGGAGGGUCUAAUACUGAAUGUUCGACACGCGUCUCUGUUAGGUCCAAAGAACCUUGGCAAAGAUACCCAAAGUCUAGGAUCCUUACCAUAAGUGUAUACUUGCCAAGAAAUGGUGACCGUGGUUUCCCUCUCUCUGGUGUUGGGGCAGACGGGAUGGCCUAAUACUGAAUGUCUGAGAAAUGUCUCUGAUCUCCUCAAGAACAUAGAGACAUGGGUAUAUGUCACCACUGGGUUAGGCAUCAUAAAGGACCAAGUAAAGAGCAAUUCCCUCGAAUAGCCUUCAACUCUUGUAUACUCCCAACUUGGUCCAAAAACUAUUUGACCCAUGGUUUCCAAUGUCCAAAUAACAAUGAUGGAGUAUAAAAAAGAGGAGGAAAGUUCUUCUACCAGCUCCAUAGUAGGUCAAUGUCAUCUUUGCUGGUGUCUAGUUGGGUUCUCCCAGUUUUAUGGUCUCCCUUUUUGUUUACCGGCCAUAUUAGGCUUCCUAAAUGUGAUGUCCAAAGACGGGGACAAACAUGACUGUUAUACAAGACACAACCCACGGACUGGUGCGGCACUGUUAUGGGAAGAAAGCAGCCAUGUUUUUCCUAGUUCUGGACAACAGCUUGGCUGUUUUUGAAAAGAUGGUUUGACCGGCAAAAUAACCCAUCUUGGUGCUCUUUAUUGUGAUGGUGCAACGUGAGACAUUCCAGUAUUCAGCAGAGAAAUCUGUAAGGUGGUGCGGCAAGUAUGACAUAGUCUCGAGAACAUGAUCCUUUUUAGAAGGUGUGUUGUCCAUCGUCUGGAGAACUUGGGCAGUACUGUGGCCUCCUUAGGUCAUCUAGACCCCUGUUCCUCAAGGGCGUCCAACAGGCCAUGAUUUAUUAUUUUUUAGGAAUCCCUCCUUGUCUAAACAUUACCCUGGUAGGAUAUCCUCAAAUCGGGAAGUGUUGGAGCUUCUUAAGAACCAUUGAGGAACCCUGAUGGACACUGUAUUCAAGCACUCUCUGUGCCCAAGGAUCGGUCUUCUGACCCAAAAACUCGUUCUGUACGUUGCUUUGGGCCAUUCAUGAGUCUCCUUCGAGAAUUCUGUGGACUUCCUAUUUUUGAUUCUCCUCCAUUUUUGUGCAGGUUCAAAGUUUAAAAAAAAAAAUUAAAUACAUUUCGGCUCGGACCAUUUCUUCAAGGUGCUGUCCAAAAAAUGUUUUGUCUAAGUGUCCCGAAAUUUUUGAGAUACCCAAAAGCACUUAUCGAGAUGUGAUGUUACGGGACAUCUUGGGAGUCAACGAAUGCAAUUUCGUUGGGUUUACCUGCGGUGGCGAAGCCAAAAAAAAAAAUCAUGGCAUGCCCAAUGUCAACAGGAUGAAAGUAUGUGACCCCCCCUCCCCCCCCCCCCCAGCUUUGAGAAGGAUUGGUCCUUAGAGCCUCAAUGCACCUUUUUAAAGAUUAGAUUUUUAUUUUUAUUUUUUUGGUUUCAUGUCAUUGUGUAUCUUUAUAUUUCUUAUUAAUGUGAAUGUAUCUGUAUAGUUAGGAUUUCGCAUUUCAUAGCUGAGCUUUUGCACAAAAAAGUUGGCAGGAUCAGAAAUUUUUUGCUUUUUUUUAUACGAAAUAUAAAGUAUAAAACGGAGAGUGAAUGAUAACCCCCUUCUAUAAAAUGCUGCUGACUGCAUGACGCUGCGUCUGGCCUAGACUGGAAAAAAAAAAAAGACUAUUUUAUGAAUACAUAUGUAGCAAUCCCAAAAAAAAAAAAAAAAAAAAUUCUAUUUUAUAUUUUUUUAAUUGUUUUUGCUUCUUUGGAGCUAGUGUAAUGAAGCUAUAUGAAAAGGGGUUAUCCAGAAAUAGAAAAACAUUUUUUAUUUUUUAUUUUUUUUCAAUAUGAAAUAGCGCCACCGCUGUCCUCAGGUUGUGUGUGGUAUUGCAUCUUGGUCUUAGUGAAGUGAAUGGAACCAAGUUGUAAUAUAACUCACAACCUGAGGACAGGGGUGGUGCUGUUUAUGCGCAAAAUAAAGAAAAAAAAAGGUUUUUUUUGUAAGUUUUUUUUUUUCUUUAUAACCUCUUUUUAAUGCCGUUUUUGUAGCAUAUUCUACGUAACUCGAUCAAACCACUCGGACCCAAGGAUGAGGUAUCCCUAAAAUAAGCUGAACCUCUGUGUUUAGUGUUUUCCCAAACAGUGGACCUUCAGCUGUUGCAAAACUACAACUCCCAGCAUGCCCGGACAGCCUUCGGCUGUCCGGGCAUGCUGGGAGUUGUAGUUUUUCAACAGCUGAAGACACAGUGCUUGAAGAACGCUGCUUUAUACCCUGGUCAUUGGACUUGAGAUGUGAUUGUUUAGUUCUGUAUAGGAUCUGUCACGGUUUAUUUUUUUUAUUUAUUUUUUUAACCCCGCAAAAUCCGUUGACUGGCACACUCCAUGUUGGGGUGUUAAUCUCUUUUGCUCUUUACAUUUUUACACUCCAAACUGCCCAUAACCUACUGCAAAAUUUAGAAUUUUAAUAUAUAUAUUUUUUUUAUUUCUGUAUCCUGUAAUAGUUUUAAUUUUUUUAUAUUUUUUUUUUACAUUUUAUUUACUCAAUUCAGAUCAUUUAUCAUCGAAGCUGUUUUCAAAAUUUCACAAUUUCAAAACAGAAGAAUUUCAAUGCUGAAACCAACCUUCAGAGUUUUUCCAUUUUUUUUAUUUUCGAAAUUUUUACAUACUGGCUGGGGCCAAGUCUUUUUUAUUUUAUUUUUUCCCCCCAAUUGCCCUGCAUCCUACAAAUGUGAUAUAACUUUUUCUUCUCUGAAUUUUUUUAUUUUUAAUUCUGGUGAUAUGGCAACUUAAAGGGGUUAUCCAUGAAAAAAUGAUAUAUAUAGAUAUAGAUAUAUAUAGAUAUAGAUAUAUAUAUAUAAUCUCUCAACUGGCUCCAGAAAGUUAAACAGAUUUGUAAAUUACUUCUAUCAAGAAAUCGUAAUCCUUUCAGUACUUAUGAGCUGCUGAAGUUGAGUUGUUCUUUUCUGUCUAAGUGCUCUCUGAUGACACCUGUCUCGGGAAACGCCCAGUUUAGAAGCAAAUCCCCAUAGCAAACCUCUUCUACUCUGUGCAGUUCCCGAGACAAGCAGAGAUGUCAGCAGAGAGCACUGUUGCCAGACAGAAAACAACAACUCAACUUCAGCAGCUAAAAAGGAUUAAGAUUUUUUUUUAAUAGAAGCAAUUUACAAAUCUAUUAGCUGCUGAAGUUGAGUUGUUGUUUUCUGUCUGGCAACAGUGCUCUCUGCUUGUCUCAGGAACUGCACAGAGUAGAAGAGGUUUGCUAUGGGGAUUUGCUUCUAAACUGGGCGGUUCCCGAGACAGAUGUCAUCAGAGAGCACUUAGACAGAAAAGAACAACUCCACUUCAGCAGCUCAGAAGUACUGGAAGGAUUAAGAUUUUUUAAUAGAAGCAAUUUACCAAUCUAUUUAACUUUCUGGAGCCAGUUGAUAUAAAGAAAAAAAAUACUAAUCAUUUUUUUUUCCUGGAAUACCCCUUUAAGAAAAAAUUUGGCAUGCUCGAGUCCUACAACUGCAAUGAGGUUUGGUGUAUUUUGGUGUUCCCUUAGGACCUCAGCUGUUCCAUGUAAAUGAGACUGACAUUUUUUGUAAAUUAAAAAAAAAUCUGAUUUCUUCUUUUAGUCAAGUGCAAAUUUUUUUGGUUUUAAAUUCAAAUAAUAUUUUUUCGGCAGCUUUUGUAUUGCUGAAAGACCUGCAACCUAUUCUUUCCCAAAUUUUUAAAUAUAAAUAUUAUUUUUUUUCCCUCCUAUAUUUCGGAUUGAGUGAUUAAAAUUGUAUAGGUGUAAGUGUCGGCAGCUUUGAGCACGAUCCCUUGUGAGAUUACGGUUAAGCCAUGUCAAGCUUCACUUCUGACCUCAAGUAGAAGCUCAAGUUUUACUUAUUUUUUAAUUUUUUAAUUUUUAUUUAGCAAAAACUUCAGGAUCCCCGUUGGCUUUGAGUGUAAUUUUAAAUGUUUCACAAAGUUAUAGAAAAAUCUUUUUUUUAAAUUUUUUUUUUUUUUUUUACUUUUUAAUAGUUCCCCUGGCUGAAUUUGUAAUAUUUAAUUUAUUCUGUUAAUAUCUUAAACACAUUAUAGGAAUUUUAUGUUGGACCGAUCCAAAAAUAAGAUGCAAAAAAAAAAAAGGGGUAAUCCAGGAUUAAAAUAAAAACCAUGUCACACUAGCUUAAUACGGACUUGUGUUUUUGUGUCCGAAUUAUGUCCGCACGAACUGGCCUGACUGGUGGUUUUAAAGGGGUGCUCCGGUGGAAAACAUAUUUUUUAUUUUUUUGUUUUUAAAUCAACUGGUGCCAGAAAGUUAAACAGAUUUGUAAAUUACUUCUAUUAAAAAAAU